UCCCUUGUAAGUUAGGAUUUUCUUUCUGCUUGCCUGCAGUGUUGAGUAUUUGGACCUUAUCCAAUGUUGGCAAGUUCUAAGUAGGUGCGCUUGGGUUUGCUUGUUAAGAGGCUAGAUUCUGGCAUGAGCAGUAGCCGCUGCUCGGGAAACAUGGCGGAGCAAGUGCAAAGAAAAAAGAUCCCUUUGGUUCCAGAAAAUCUCCUGAAAAAGAGGAAGGCUUAUCAGGCCCUUAAAGCCACUCAAGCAAAGCAGGCGCUUUUGGACAAGAAGGAGCAGAAUAAAGGGAAAAAGCUCAAGUUUAAGCGACUGGAGUGGUUCCUACAUGAUUCCUGGCGGCAGCAGCGUGACAGGGUGCGCCUCACACGCCUGGAAGUGAAACCUCAUGGCUUAGAAGUGCCAGAUAAACAUUCCUUGGCCUUCAUUGUACGCAUCCAAAGGAUUAAUGGGGUGAGUUCACUGGUACAGAGGACCAUUGCAAGGCUGUGCCUGAAGAAGAUCUUCAGUGGUGUCUUUUUCAGAGUAACCCCCCAGACCAUGAAGACACUGCGGAUAGUGGAACCUUAUGUGACCUGGGGAUUUCCAAAUCUGAAGUCUGUCCGGGAACUCAUCUUGAAACGUGGACAAGCCAAGGUCAAGAAUAAAACCAUCCCUUUGACGGACAACACAGUGAUUGAGGAGCAUCUGGGGAAGUAUGGUGUUAUUUGCUUGCAAGACCUCAUUCAUGAAAUUGCCUUUCCGGGGAAGAAUUUCCAGGCCAUCUCUGCGUUCUUACGUCCUUUCCACCUCUCAAUGGCCCGACAUGCUACCAAGAACAGAGUGGGCUUCCUCAAGGAGGUGGGCUUACCUGGCUAUCGAGGUGAACGCAUCAAUCAGCUCAUUCGGCAGCUAAAUUAAACCCAGAAUAUCUGGAAGCACAGUGCAUUGGUGGCAUGUGUUUUGUCUUCUGGAAUUGUUACCAGUAUCUUCAAAGAAGAUUAUUUUCUGCUAUAUCUUCAGAAACCAGAGAGAGGGUCAAGGACAAGAUGAUGA